AUGGCGUCCUCCAUGAGUGCCAUGAUUUUGAAAAGAUUACAAAAUAUUUGUCAACUACGACCACGACAUAUCAACAUACAGCGAAAUAGAUAUGAUUUUCGUAAUGUGCCACCAGCUCGUGAAAUAGAAGCAUGCGAGGAUGUUUUUGAAGAGAUGGAAUCUAAAGGGAUACAUAUGAAGAAACAACCAGGUGCAGUGCGAAAACCUCUAACAAAGUUACCAAAAGUUCUACAUAAUGCUGCUACUGUGUUACUUGACAAGUAUCCAGUAAAGGAUCUUAAUACACAUUCUAAGAGACUACAGACUUUUCUGAAGGUACGGAAACAUAAAGUUACACCAGAGGAAUAUGAAGAGUUGAUUGCAGAAAAAAUAAAACUAAUAAAAAGUAAAGAAGGUAUAACGGAAGAAGAAACUCGGAAUCCUGGAUUUGAAGAGAAGCUAAGAGCCAAAGCCAUUAAAAAACUUAGACCUGCUUAUAGCUGGUCGCCAAUGAAUUACACUGGAGCUAAAGUUAUUCAGUAUUUGGGAGCUAGGUUAACUGGUGAUUAUAGUGCAAUAGUUGCUUGUUUGAAUGAGAUUUAUGCAAGAGACCCUGAUUUCUCCCCAAUAAAUGUGUUUGAUUUUGGUUCUGGUUUAGGAACAACUGUUUGGGCUACAUCUUCAAUUUUUAAAAAAGCAAAGGUAGAGGAUUUUUUGUGUGUAGAUCAUUCUGCUGAUAUGAACACUGUGGCUAGACUUCUCCUGCAAGAUGGAGAGGAAGAUGGAAUAAUGAAAUUACCAGUUCAUUUUCGAACCAACAUGCCAUCUGAUAAAAAGAAAAAGUUUGAUUUAGUAGUGUGUACUUAUACCCUAAUGGAGUUAGAAAGCAGGGAAGAAAUACAGAAAGUUGUUGAGUCGCUAUGGAAUAUGACUGAAAAUUAUUUGGUUCUUGUAGAAAAAGGUGGUCAAUCUGGUUUUAAAUUAAUGCAUGAAGCGAGAGAGCAUUUAUUGAAAUUAUCUAAAGAAUCAAAAGAAGGACAUAUUUUUGCUCCAUGUCCUCAUCAUGGAGCUUGUCCCAAGUUAACAGAAACAAAUACUCCUUGUUUUUUUGAAGCCAAAUAUGCGACCUUUGAAAAUAUUGAAUCUAAAGGUUACGAGAAAGAAUGGUUUAGCUAUGUGAUUUUCAAAGUUGGUCCAAAAACACACAGGUCCUUUCCCAGAUUAGUUAAUGAAACCCUCAAACGAAAUGGUCACACACAUUGUUAUUUGUGUUGUUCAGAUGCCAAGUUACGUCAUGUCAUUUUCAGCGCAUCACAACAUGGCAAGCAGUUGUUUAAAUGUACAAGAUCAGCUAAGUGGGGUGAUAUGUUACCAGCUAGAGUGAAAGUUGUAUACGACGAACAAAAUUCUCUCAUUAAAGACAAUAAUAUCAAAUCAAAUGUGAACAAACAGUUCUUACAUGGCAAUAUUGAUCAUAUUGAUGAUGAGUCCGUGAUCAAUCAUCAAUAUGAAGAAUUAUCUGUGCACAAUCAUCCAAAAGAUAAAAACUCAUUUGUGGACAAUCAUCCAGAUGAAGUAUUACCCGAGCACAACUAUCCAGAUGAAGAAUCAUCUGUCGACAAGAGAGAAGAAUCAAUUGCAGAUGAUAAUGAAGAAUUAUCUGUUAACAAUAUGGAAGAAUCACUUGCUGAUGAUAAGAAAGAAUCAUCUGUUGACAAACAAUGA